ACCCCCAGAAAAAAGUUUCCCCAACUCUGAGGUUCCCAAGUGUGAAAAGGUUGAAUUUUUUUUUUGCCCUCUUCUCGUUGAGAGAGAGAGAGGUGUAGUGAAGUAGUACAACUCCCAGAGCUUCGUCGAAUCACCAAAUAGAGCUUUCAAAUCUCUUUCAUUGUUGGUACGAGAUUGACAAGGGUGCUUGAUAAGAAAAAGUAUUUUUGGUUGAGGUGCUACUUUGUUUUUGGUCAAUUAUGAGUGAGGAGGAUACAGUUACUGAAGUUGCCGAGGCAGCGGCAAAUGGGAGUACUUCACCGGAUAAAAUGGGUGAACCAGGGACUGAGAAAAAUGAGGAGGAAACUGAGGUAGUAAAAGAAAUGGAAGAAGAUCACAAAGAUGAUGAGAAAGUUGACACCCAUAAAAUGGAUGUAGACCAAGAGGACAAGAAAAGCAAAGUCAAAGGAGGAGGGGAAAAAGAAGAGAAGGAAAGUAAAGAACGACAAGAAAAAGAAGAAGAAAAGGAAGAAACCAAAAGUGAGGCAAUGGAAGAGGAAAUUGGGGUGGAAGGAAAUGAGGAGAAAGCUGAGGAGAAGGUGGACGGAUCAAAGGAGGAAGUAGGAAAUGCAGAAGAGAGUGUACAGGAGAAAGGGUCAAAGAAGCGUGGGAGAGGGAAGAGUGCCAAGGGAAAAGCCAACAAUAAGAAAAAGGAAGUGGCUGAGAAAAAGGAGAAGGAGCCCAAAACUCCCGUGGCUCCUGCAGUUGAACGCCCUGUACGCGAACGGAAAUCAGUGGAAAGGCUGGUUGCAUCCAUAGAAAAGGAAUCUGUCAAGGAAAUCCAUAUUGAAAAGGGACACGGUACUAUAUUAAAAGAUAUACCCAAUGUGGCCUACAAGUUAUCAAGAAGGAAGAUUGAUGACACUUUAAAGUUUCUUCAUACAGUUCUCUUCGGAAGGAGAGGAAAGGCUAUUCAGAUCAAGAAUAAUAUUUCCCGGUUCUCUGGCUUUGUGUGGAAUGAAAAUGAGGAAAAGCAAAAGGGAAGAGUGAAAGAAAAAUUUGACAAGUGUGUUAAAGAGAAAUUAUUGGAGUUCUGCGAUGUGCUUGACAUACCGAUUGCCAAGGCUACUACAAGGAAGGAAGAUAUUGUUAUAAAGCUGAUGGACUUUUUGGUGGCCCCUCAUGCUACAACUACUGAGUUACUUGCUGAAAAAGAGCAGUCAAGUAAGGGCAAGAAGCGUAAGAGGGUUGUCAAAGGAAGUGCGUCAAUGUCUGGGGGCACACCUUCAAAAAGUUCAGCCAAGAGUCGAAGAAAGAUUGACAGUGCAUCUAAAGCGGAGGAGAAAAAGAGUACUGAUGAGACGGAAGAUGAGCUGGAAAAAGAGGAAGAAGAAGAAGAAAAUGAAGAGGAGAAUGUGAAUGGUGUUACCGAAAGAUCUAAGGAUGAGAUGUCUGAGCAUUCUGAAAGCGAAGAGAAAGAAUAUAAAUCUGAAGAUGAUUCUGAAAAAGACACAAGAAAAGACAAACGAGUUUCAAAGAAAUCGUCUGUAAAGAAGGAAUUGUCUGCAAAGAAGGAAUCGUCUGCAAAGAAGGAAUUGUCUGUAAAGAAGGAAUCGUCUACAAAGAAGGAAUUGUCUGUGAAGAAAGAAUCAUCUGGAAAGAAGGAAUUGUCUGCACAAAAGGAAUUGUCUGCAAAAAAGGAAUUGUCUGCAAAAAAGGAAUCGUCUGCAAAGAAGGAAUCUGCUGGAAAAUCUAAAACCAAGAAAGUUACUGUUCCAAUUAAAUCUAGUCCCCCAUCCAAAGGAACUCCUAAGAAAUCAGCAGCAAAGAGCUCUAAGGUUGAUGACAGCACUGAUAAUAGUCCAAAGAUGUUCUCAAGGAAGAAGAAAAAUGAGGAAGUAGUUAAGGAGAAGUCCUCAACUCCAAAGAAAUCUGUUACCAGGGAGAAAAAUGGGAAAGACGCUGCGAAAGGGAAGGACAAACCUAAAGAGGUUAAAUUAAGGCCAAGUGAUGAUGAACUCAGAAAUGCAAUAUGUGAAAUUCUUAAAGAAGUUGACUUCAACACGGCUACCUUUACCGAUAUUCUGAAGCAACUUGCUGGGAGAUUUAAUACAGAUCUCACACCCAGAAAGUCAUCAAUAAAGCUCAUGAUCCAGGAUGAACUUACCAAAUUAGCUGAUGAGGCAGAAGAUGAUGAAGAAGAUGAAGGUGAUGCUGAGAAAGAAGAAACCCAACCUUCAGGCGAAGGUGUGAAGGCCUGACAGGCUCACAGAUGGACAUGGCUACAUGAAAAAUGGUAUAGCAUAUAGUCUUAAAAAUCCUUUUCUUCUAAAUUUAAUUUCCGUUGUGCUACCUUGUAGCAUUUUGUCUCUCUUUUUCUUGAUAUUGCCAGCUGUAAUUUAUCGGGAUUGUUUUAUUUGCUGGCAAACUUGUGUUCUCUAAAAAUUGAUAGAGUUGGAACUGCUUAAGGUGUGCCUGCAGGCUGCAGCUUAUUAUGUACACAGUCAUAAAUUUGUAGGAAUUUCCUCCUUUAAUUUAGCUGACCCUUUGUUGACUAAAAGUAAUGGAUUGCAUUCUAGUUUCAGAGUUA